AUGGCCAUUAAAGUAAAAAAAAAAGCACUGUGUGAGACAUUCUGCUUCUUUCUCACUGAUUCCUCUGACUUCUGUCAAAAUCAACACCCUCUAGAUGCUGAUAUAAAAAUGGAUGCUGGAAAUUUGGAACUGGGAUUUAUCUUCCUCACUCAGACUGGAGUUGGGAUCCUUGGAAAUUCCUCCCUCCUUUGUUUAUACAGCUUCUCCUUGCUCACUGGAAACAAGGCAAGACCCACAGACCUAAUUCUCAGUCAACUGGCCAUAGCCAACUGCUUGGUCCUGUUAUUCAAAGGGAUCCCUCAAACAAUAGUGGCUUUUGGAUGGAAAUAUUUCCUGGGUGAUGCUGGAUGUAAAGUUGUCUUCUAUUUUCACAGAAUGUCCACAGGGGUGUCCUUCAGCACUCUCUGCCUCCUCAAUGGCUUCCAGGCCAUUAAGCUCAACUCACAUCUUUGUAGGUGGAUCACGCUCAAGAUUCAAUCCCCAAAGUUCAUCAGCUUCUGCUGUUUCCUCUCUUGGACCAUGCAUAUCUUGAUAAAUUCAUUUUUACCUUUAGUAGUAAAUGGACCAUUGAAUAAGGAAAAUCUCAGUACAGAUAGGAAUCAUGGGUAUUGUUCCUGGACAAUGCAAGAAAGUGGUAGCCCAUUAUAUACUGUCUUAUACUUUUCCCCUGACUUGAUGAGUCUGGUCCUCAUGGCCUGGGCCAGUGGCUCCAUGGUCCUGGUCCUGCACAGGCACAAGCAACGAGUCCAGCACAUUCACAGCCAUGUCCGCAGCCCCAGACCUUCCCAUGAAGUCAGGGCCACACGCACCAUCCUGAUCCUGGUGAGCUCCUUUGUUUCCUUUUACUCAGUCUACACUGUACUGACCAUGUGGAUGACCCUAGCUGCAAACAGAGGCCAGUGGAUCGUGAGCAGUUCUGUGCUGGUGGCCUCAUGUUUCCCAGCACUCAGCCCCUUUGUGCUCCUCGUCAGUGACACACGUGUCUCUCAGUUUUGCUGUAGGGUGAGGACAAAUUGUUUUUUGUGUUCUGGUUAG